AGCAUGUCUUAGUGGUGGCAGUGAAGCACCACCGUCACAUUUGAGGAGGGUUUGGUGGAGUUAAUCUUUCAUUUAGAAAAAACUAACCGUGGUUAAGGAUGUUGGAGUUCACUGUUUCGGGGUAGUCAUGUCAUCACACAUCACUGAGAUAGAGACAUUCACACAUAGUGAGAGUGUGUGCGUGUGCGUGUGUUUGAGGGGAGGAGAGAAUCAAAUUCUUUGUAUAAAGACAUCCCAAUUUGUCGUUAGUUGGGUGUAAUAGGCAAAAAAUAUCACUAUGAAUUUUCUGGUUUGGUAAGAGAAAAAGGGAUUCCCAGUUGACACCAUUGCUCACUCAGGUGAGUGUUUUUGUGUGUGACUGAGAAGAGAAAGAAAAGAAGAAUCUUUUGGUGUCUGUCUCUCAUAUCUUAACUCACACCACUCACCACCUCUCUUUUGCUUGUUGUUUUCAAAGGGUAGGAUUUUUCUUCAUUGCUGUUGUGUAAAGUUUCUUCCUUUCUUGCUCUUCUGUUCAUUCAACGCUGGUUUGGCCUCUCUUGAGCUUCUUCGUUCAUCAAAGGAAGAUGGGCUAAUCGAGCAUUUUUAUAUAUCUUGGUGUUUGGAUCCAUUUAAGUGUUCACGCAGCCUUCCUGAAACGUUGCUCCAAUUCUCAGUAUUUCUGAAAUUUCAUCCUUAUUAUGGCUGUUUGAAGGACUGUGAAGUGAACAAUUAAUAUAAGCCUGCUUCUGCAUCUUGUCCACCAAAGCUCAUCAUUUGACCAUCAUCAAAAUGGUUUCAAGAUCAUAUUCUAACUUGUUAGAUCUUACUUCUUGUGGCUCCCCAACUUUCGGCCGUGAGAAGAAAAGGCUCCCUCGAGUGGCAACUGUUGCUGGAGUACUGUCUGAACUAGAUGAUGAGACCAGCAACAGUGUUUGCUCUGAUACUCCAUCCUCAGUCUCUCAAGAGAGGAUGAUCAUUGUUGGUAACCAGCUUCCAUUAAAGGCACACAGAAAAGACAAUGGUACUUGGGAGUUCACAUGGGAUGAGGAUUCACUUCUUUUACAGCUGAAAGAUGGUCUUGGGGAUGAUGUGGAAACUAUAUAUAUUGGUUGUCUUAAAGAAGAGAUUGAGCCAAGUGAGCAAGAUGAUGUUGCUCAGUACUUGCUUGACACUUUCAAAUGCGUGCCAACGUUCCUCCCUCCUGAGCUUUUUAGUAAAUUCUAUCAUGGAUUCUGCAAACAACAUCUAUGGCCUUUGUUUCACUACAUGCUUCCACUGUCACCUGAUCUUGGCGGUCGUUUUGAUAGGUCCCUUUGGCAAGCUUAUCUCUCUGUGAACAAGAUAUUUGCGGAUAAAGUGAUGGAAGUCAUUAGCCCUGAUGAUGACUUUGUGUGGGUUCAUGACUACCAUUUGAUGGUACUUCCAACAUUUUUGAGAAAGAGAUUUAACAGGGUGAGGCUAGGAUUCUUCCUCCAUAGUCCAUUUCCUUCGUCUGAGAUAUACCGAACUCUUCCUGUUAGGGAUGAACUUCUUAGAGCUCUUCUGAAUUCGGACCUUAUUGGGUUUCAUACAUUUGAUUAUGCCAGGCAUUUCCUCUCCUGUUGCAGUAGAAUGCUUGGGAUUUCUUACCAAUCCAAGCGUGGCUACAUUGGCCUUGAGUACUAUGGAAGAACUGUAAGCAUUAAGAUUCUUCCUGUUGGUAUUCACAUAGGUCAGCUCCAAUCAGUCAUGAGUCAUCCCGAGACAGAAAGCAAGGUUGCGGAGUUAAAAAAACAGUUCAGAGAUCAGACUGUGCUGCUUGGGGUCGAUGACAUGGAUAUAUUCAAAGGAAUCAGCUUAAAACUUUUGGCCAUGGAACAAUUGCUUUUACAACAUCCUGAUAAGAGGGGCAGAGUUGUUCUGGUCCAAAUUGCUAACCCUGCAAGAGGUCGCGGAAAAGAUGUGCAGGAGGUACAAAGUGAAACUUAUGCCACGGUGAAGAGGAUAAAUAAUACAUUUGGAAGGCCUGGAUACACACCUGUAGUCUUGAUUGAUACACCACUUCAGAGUUAUGAGCGAAUUGCUUAUUAUGUGAUUGCAGAAUGUUGCCUUGUUACAGCAGUGAGAGAUGGCAUGAACCUUAUACCUUAUGAAUAUAUCAUUUGUAGGCAAGGAAGUGAGAAGAUAGAUGAGAUUUUAGGGACAGACCCGCUUACUCAAAAGAGGAGUAUGCUGGUGGUGUCUGAGUUUAUUGGCUGCUCCCCUUCAUUAAGUGGGGCAAUUCGAGUGAAUCCAUGGAACAUUGAUUCUGUCGCUGAAGCUAUGGAUUCUGCAUUGAUGGUCCCAGAGGCUGAAAAGCAGAUGCGGCAUGAGAAGCAUUAUAGAUAUGUCAGUACACAUGAUGUUGCUUAUUGGGCACGUAGCUUCUUGCAGGAUCUGGAAAGGGCAUGUAGAGAUCAUCUGAGGAGGAGAUGCUGGGGAAUUGGUUUUGGUUUAGGCUUCCGAGUGAUUGCUUUGGAUCCAAACUUUAGAAAGCUAUCUGUGGAACAUAUUGUUUCAGCUUAUAAGAGGACCAAGCACCGAGCAAUUCUUUUGGAUUAUGAUGGCACUAUGGUGCAGCCUGGGUCGAUGAGUACAACGCCUAAUGCUGAAGCCGUUAGCAUCUUGAACAUCUUGUGCAGGGACACCAAGAAUCAUGUUUUCAUUGUAAGUGGAAGGGAGAGAAAGACUCUUACUGAAUGGUUUUCUUCUUGUGAAAGGAUGGGAAUCGCUGCAGAGCAUGGUUAUUUUGUGAGGACAAAUCAAAAUGCAGAAUGGGAAACUUGUGUUCCAGUACCCGAUUUUGAGUGGAAACAGAUUGCUGAGCCGGUUAUGCAGUUAUAUAUGGAAACAACUGAUGGUUCUAACAUAGAUGCCAAAGAAAGUGCUCUAGUUUGGAAUUACGAGUAUGCAGACCGGGACUUUGGUUCAUGCCAAGCUAAAGAGCUUUUUGAUCAUCUGGAAAGUGUUCUUGCCAAUGAGCCUGUUUCUGUUAAGAGUAGUCCAAACAUUGUGGAAGUAAAACCUCAGGGUGUGAGUAAGGGAAUCGUAGCAGAACGUCUUCUCUUAACAAUGCAACAAAGGGGAGUGAUUCCAGAUUUUGUUCUAUGCAUUGGAGAUGACAGAUCAGACGAGGACAUGUUUGGGGUAAUCAUGAAUGCAAAGGCAACCCUAUCUCCAGUUGCUGAAGUGUUCCCAUGCACUGUUGGCCAGAAACCUAGCAAGGCCAAGUAUUAUUUGGAAGACACAAGUGAGAUUUUGAGAAUGUUGCAAGGCCUUGCCAAUGCUUCUGAGCACUCUGCUAGAAUUUUGCAACCAGCUUCUCAUUAAGGUCUUUCUAAUGUGUAGCACACGCACACACACACUAUUUGGCUACAAUGUGGUACUAUUUUUCUAUACUAUGGUGGGAUAUCUAUCUUGUGUUAGAUUUCGUGAUCUAUUUUUAUUUUCUGGCCUACUUGCCUUCAUUUAUUGAUAUCCCAACGAUGUUACAACUACCAAUAGGUUGUUUUGAAAGUAGUGAAUUACAUGGGGUAUUGUAUUUAUUGUUUCUUUUCUUCACUAUUGAUUCGGGCCAUUUUGAUGUAUGAUAAGAUUGGGAAAAUGAAUGCUAGGAUUGUGAAUGUACUGUAUCAAGUAACAUCUCUUGUUGGCAUUGAGGGGGGUCAUGAAUUCUGCCGCUUCUUUUUUCGUCAGCUUUCUUCAUAAUGUACACAAAUUUCAGUGAGU